AUGUCUAUCCAAGAGAAAAUAUCCACAGUAGAUUUGAUGGAGAGCCUUAGGGAAGAACUCACCUGUUUCAUCUGCUUGGACUAUUUCAGCGGUCCAGUGACCACCGAGUGUGGGCACAGCUUUUGUCUGAUGUGUUUGCUCAAGAGCUGGGAGGAGCAUAACACACCUUUAUCUUGUCCGGAGUGCUGGAGGACUUUGGGAUCCCCUCAUUUCCAAGCCAAUGAAAGACUAGGGAGACUGGCUAGCAUUGGCAGGCAGCUAAGAUCCCAGGUCCUGCAGAACGAGGAUGAGCAGAGCAGCUGUGGGAGAACACCAGGAGCCAGUUGGGUGUUCUCUGAUGAUGAACAGAGUGUAAUUAAUUUCUCAACACAAUGUCAUGGGAUCAACAGGACAUAUUUCUCAAGCGAGGCUGAGGAGCAACACAAAGAAAAACUCCAGGAUAUCAUCAACCUUUUACGGAAAAAAAAGAAGGAAGCUCAGACCAUACUGAAUCAUGAGAAGGAGCGAGUGAUGCUGUGUAAGGAGGAGACAAAGACUUGCAAGCAGGUCGUCGUGUCUGAGUACAUGAAGAUGCACCAGUUCCUGAAGGAAGAGGAACAGCUACAGCUUCAGCUACUGGAGAAGGAGGAAAAGGAGAACAUGAAGAAGCUGAGGGAAAACGAGAUCCAGCUGACCCAGCAAGUCAGACGCCUCGGCAAAAUGAUUGGGCGGAUUGAGUCCACCAGUCAGAACUUGACUUUAGAGGAAGUCAGAGGAGCCAUGGAUCGGUGUGAGUCAUUGUUGCUUCAAUGUCCAGAGACCACCAUCACGGAACUGAGCUUAUGUCGCAUCACCGGGAUGAGGGAGAUGCUGAGAAAAUUCAGCACAGAUGUAACUCUAGAUCCAGCCACAGCCAAUGCCUAUCUAGUUUUGUCUGAUGAUCUGAAAAGUGUGAGACAUGGAGUCACCAGACAGCAACUACCUGAUAACCCAGAAAGAUUUGAUCAGUCUGCAACUGUGUUGGGAGCUCAGAUCUUCACCUGUGGGAGACACUACUGGGAGGUGGAAGUGGGAAAGAAGACAGAGUGGGAAGUGGGCAUCUGUAAGGAUUCUGUGAUCAGGAAGGGCAAUCUCCCCAAGCCCCCUGGGGACCUCUUCUCACUUAUAGGCUUAAAAAUUGGUGAUGACUACAGUCUCUGGGUUUCCUCGCCCUUGAAAGGUCAACACGUCCGAGAGCCUGUGCAUAAGGUGGGUGUGUUCUUGGACUAUGAGUCUGGACAUAUAGCGUUCUACAACGUGACAGAUGAGACCCUCAUCUACAGCUUCCCGUCAACCUCUUUCCAUGAAGCUCUCAGACCCAUCUUCUCCCCUUGUCUUCCAAAUGAAGGGACAAACACAGACCCUCUUGUCAUCUGCCACAUCUGA